CCUAGCGGUCGAAGUUACUUUUGCGGCGCGGUCAGGGCAUUGGCUGUUUCGGUGAAAUUGUUUUUGGUUCCCGUUCUCCGGCUGGCACGCUGUUGUGUGUUCUUCCAAGGUUUCUGCCGCUGUACGCGUGGAGAACAGGGAAUGUGUAGCGAGGAGGAAUGAAGUCAGGAGCGGUGGAAGUACGACAGCCAGUAGGGAGAACUGAUAAAUCCUGGAGGAGGCUUGAAAGGGAAAAGUUGGGUCCGGUGGGAGCUUAACGAGUGGAAGAGGCAGGAUGAUUUCUCUCCAGAGUUUAUUUUUGAAUGGAAGUGUGCUCCUUCCCAGUAGAAGAUGGUGAUCCUAAUGUACGAUCAUGGAGAAGGGGCUAAGUUCAGUAGAAGUGUUACCUUCCAAAUCAUCUCAGGUUACAGCUGUAAAAGUGGUGGUCAAAGAGCCCGAAACAAAGCAAACCCAAAGAGGGAAACGAGUGGGAUUUGUGCUUGUCCAUGCAGGUGCAGGUUAUCAUUCCGAAUCCAAAGCUAAAGAGUACAAGCAUGUGUGCAAAAGAGCCUGCCAGAAGGCAAUUGAAAAGCUACAGGCUGGUGCUCUUGCAACAGAUGCAGUGACUGCAGCACUUAUAGAAUUAGAGGAUUCUCCUUUUACAAAUGCAGGAUUGGGAUCUAACCUAAACCUUCUGGGUGAGAUAGAAUGUGAUGCCAGUAUAAUGGAUGGAAAGUCAUUGAAUUUUGGAGCAGUUGGAGCCCUGAGUGGAAUCAAGAAUCCCGUUUCGGUUGCAAAUAGAUUGUUGUGUGAAGGGCAGAAGGGGAAACUCUCUGCUGGCAGAAUUCCACCUUGCUUUUUAGUUGGUGAAGGAGCUUUCAGAUGGGCAGUUGAUCACGGGAUACCAGCAUGUCCUCCAGGUAUCAUGGCUACAAGGUUUAGUUUAGCAGCUUUUAAGAGGAACAAGAGGAAGCUGGAGUUGGCCGAAAAGGUGGAAACAGAUCUCAUUCAACUAAAGAAAAGAAGACAAUCAAAUGAAAAGGAGAACGACUCAGGAACGUUGGAUACAGUUGGUGCAGUUGUUGUUGACCAAGAAGGAAAUGUUGCUGCUGCUGUCUCCAGUGGAGGUUUAGCACUGAAGCAUCCUGGAAGAGUUGGUCAGGCAGCUCUUUAUGGUUGUGGCUGCUGGGCUGAAAAUACAGGAGCUCAUAACCCUUAUUCCACUGCUGUGAGUACUUCAGGUUGUGGAGAGCACCUUGUCCGGACCAUACUGGCCAGAGAAUGUUCGUGUGCUUUGCAAACAGAGGAUGCCCACCAAGCUCUCCUAGAGACUAUGCAAAACAAGUUUAUUGGUUCACCUUUUCUGGCCAAUGAAGAUGGUGUACUCGGAGGUGUGAUAGUUCUCCGCUCCUGCAGGUGUUCAGCAGACCCCGAGUCCUCACAGGAAAAGCCAACUUUACUAGUGGAAUUUCUGUGGAGCCAUACAACAGAGAGCAUGUGUGUUGGGUACAUGUCUGCACAGGAUGGCAAAGCUAAGACUCACAUUUCAAGACUUCCUCCUGGAGCUGUGGCAGGACAGUCCGUGGCAAUAGAAGGAGGAGUUUGCAGGCUGGAGAGUCCAGAAAGCAGCUGAUCCUUCACUUCAUUGCAAAGAAUGUGAAUGACUUUUUGUACAAUAAGGGGGUUUUCUUUCGUGUUUUAACAGAUGUUGGAAGUUCUGCUUUUGUUUUAUACUCCGUAUUGCAACCAUGUGCACCAUAACUUGAGACAAGUGCUGCUGUAGUUUACGUUCUCACUCUGUGAACGGGGGUCCUGUGCAUGUUCAUUUUGUCCCACGAAUAAAAUAGGAACACUCCCCAGCUGUGCAAAGAAUCAUGUAUGAUUAAUGAUUGCAUUUUCUUUUUUUUUUUUUGUGUUAAAAAGUAGUCGAAAGUUAGGAAAAAAAUGAUUUAAAGAUAUGGUCACAAUUGUCAUUCAUAUUCUAAAUUUAAAAGUAACAGGCCUUUGAAGUGGCGUUAUAAUUAUGCAAAAAAUGAUUAUGGUUUCUAAGUUUCUCAGUGGUUUAGGGAAAUCCAGAGGUGGUUUAAACAGGAGUUGUUUUUUUCCUCUCCAGUAAGGAGGAUAUUUUUUUUGUUGUUCAAAGAAUGGUUUCAGUGAAACGAACUAGAGCAAAAUAAAGGCUCAAAUUGUUUUUAAAUAGUCUUAUAGGUCAUAUCUGUGUUCCCAAACCAAGAUGUUAAUAGCUCCAAGCUGUAUGUAUUGCAAAAAGCUAUAUGAAGAUAAUGUAUCGUUACGCAGUCUUUAUGUAUAAUGGAAUAUUACAGUGUAAAUAAGAAAGCAAAGUUUAUGGAAAGAUUCGAUAUUAUUCUUCACUUCUGCUUUAAAUCUAUUUUUAAGAGAGGUACAGAAAUGGACAUAUUCCUGGAUGCAAAGUGCAAUGUGUAUUAAGUGGCUGGUGGGAGGUCUGAUACUGAGCAACUCCCUCGAGUCUGGCCGCAGCAUGGGUAUUUAUAUAACUGUGUGUAAUAUGUAUGUACUGUGCAUAAAUUUACUGUAACUCUUUUGAUACCCUCGACAAGCGUGCAGUGUAAAACAACGGAAAUCCUUGUCUGCCUCGUGAAGAAGCAUUGGCAGCUGAACUGUCAUUUGUCUCCUGUUUGGAUACGUCAGCCAGGCUGCCCAAGUCCUGAAGGCGAGUUCUGACGUGCAGCCUUCCGCUCAGUCCUUUUUCCUUCACAGCACUGGCAGCAAUAGAAGACUUUUGUAAUUGAUUCGUUGUCCUGAUAAGUAUGCCAAAGAGAAACUGAAAUUAGUUCAUCUUUUUCCCUGGUGGAUAUUUGAUAAUACUGUUUUCACAAAUAGUGGAUGAAUAGAUAUUCAGACUGUAUUUGCUUAAUCAGGCAUUGUACUUGCCUGUUCUGUAAUGUUGUGCCUGCCUAUAACAGACAUACUUGACUGAUGAAAUUGUUAUAUUGAUUGUAGUACCGAUCUUUCAUGGAAAAAAUAAAAUUUUUUUA